UGUGGGUCAGUGAGGGGGAACACCCCAGGUUACUGACUCAGCCUCAUAACCUUGAUUAAGAAUGAGAAAGCCCUGGUGCUGUGGGCAGCCUCUCGCUCUCUGACAGGCCGAGCUAAAAUCAAUACCCUGCAUGAUGGGGUGAAUCACAGGGUUAAAAUUAAACUCUCGCCCUUCCCCCGCCAUCCAACCCCGUCACGAUCACUAAUCAUUUCAAAAGCAGCUGAAGGCUUUUUAAUUACAGCCUGUUCACUGACAGGUACGUCCUAGUGAGUGUGUGGAUGCUUGCAGCAGCCGGCUUGUCGGUACUCUGUCCUCAUUCUUUUUCAGCGCAGGGGGAAAGGCUGAGCAGUUGCCUUAUGUGGGACACAGGCUUGUUUCUUGGCUGUGGAUAUAUUGAUGUCACAAGAAGUCAAACGCCACUGUGACAGUGUAUCAGCACUUUUACCCUAGCCUUUAAGGAAGACCUAUACAUCCAGCUCAAAUUCAUUGCACUCAACCCCCCCUCCUGUUCUUUUUAUCUUCUUUUGCGCAUCUUGGUUUUCGGUGCUGGAACUCUCACUCAGUCACCCCGCCCACUCCUUGCGUUUUCCCCUGAAACCGAGAAAUCAGGACAACUCGGCGCAGAACGGGUUAACGUGCACCCGAGCUCGUGAUUGGCUGUGGGAUUCGUGGUUUUAGCCACCCUAAGAGAGAGGUAACUAGGCAACUUCAGCGGGAGCAGCGAAAGAAGGGAGCGAAAAGGGUCGAAAAGAAACGCAAAAAAUCCUGACACUCUUUGGCCGUGAUGGAAAGGAUGUAGUCCAGAUUUGUCUGUAUGUCCCCGGAAUGGGAAACUGGAUUACGGCUUUAACAAGAACUCUAUGGACCUCGGAGCAUCGGGAUAUAUAACUGGAUUUGUUUUACUAUGAGAAGUAUGGGAACCGCACAAUCUCACAUCAGUCUGAAGCCCGUGCAGGGAGUGAUUGAGAUGCUGCUCCAAGGCUAGAGGCAUCAGCAGCACUGAUCCGCGGUCGGCAGGGGAGCCCCUCUCCAUGAGCCUGAGCCUGAGUGUGUGUGUGUGUGUGUGCCACCGGACCUGCUUUGAAGAGGAAUAAGGGACUUAAUAGGAUGUCAACAGAGGCCGAACUCCAGCCGGCUGCCAGAACCAGCCUCAGAAAGGAAUCCAAGAGGAGAGGGCAUGACUGCAGUGAGUCAGGCCUGAUCAGGCGCUUCAAGGGGGAUGGAGUCCGCUACAAGGCCAAGCUGAUCGGGAUGGAUGAGGUCACCGCCGCGCGAGGGGACAAGUUGUGCCAGGACUCCAUGAUGAAGUUGAAGGGAAUCGCUGCCUCAGCUCGCUCGAAAGGAGAUCACAAGCUGAAAGUCUUUCUCACCAUCUCCUUCGGCGGGAUCAAGAUCUAUGACGAGAAGUCAGGGGUUCUUCAGCAUCAUCAUGCGGUCCACGAGAUCUCGUACAUCGCCAAGGACACCACGGACCACCGGGCCUUCGGCUACGUCUGUGGCAAGGAGGGCAACCACCGGUUUGUGGCCAUCAAAUCCGCUCAGUCUGCUGAGCCGGUGAUCCUUGACCUGCGCGACCUCUUCCAACUCAUCUACGAGAUCAAGCAGCGUGAGGAGAUAGAGAAGAAGGCUCAGAAGGACAAACAGUGCGAACAAGCUGUUUACCAGACCAUUCUGGAGGAGGAUGUUGAGGAUCCCGUGUACCAGUACAUUGUGUUUGAGGCGGGACACGAGCCCAUCCGUGACCAAUCAGAAGAGAGCAUUUAUCAGGUUCCUACCAGCCAGCAAAAGGAGGGGGUCUAUGAUGUUCCAAAGCGACACCCAAAUGGGCAGAUCAGUCUGCUGGACUUUGAUGCGGCCCUUGGCAUGGUCACCCAGAACAUCAACCAGUUAGAGCUUUUCGGAGACAUGUCCACCCCUCCAGACAUCACAUCACCUUCGACUCCUGCCUCUCCAGCCAACACGCUGGACCCCUCGCUGGCCCACCAGCCCCCGUCGGAGCUCUUCGCCCCUUUCAACCCCUCAGGUUACGUUACCAUGGGAGCCGUGCCUCCUGGACACUGGGCCCAGCAGCCGUUCGCAGGGCAAGCCCCUCUGGCGUUCGGCGUGCCGUCGCCUCUGCCCGGCGGCCAGCCGGUCAUCUGGGGCCAGGCCAACCUCUUCCCCGCCACGCAGCAGCAGUGGGCGGCCAUGGCGGCGGGAGGCUUCCCCCCGACGGCCUUCAUGCCCACGCCCGCCAUGUUCCAUACGCUGCCCCACAUGGCCAUGCCGCCGUCCUGCGAGACGCCCCCCGUGCCCGGGCCCUCGGCCGCCGGGGCCACAGGCGGGCCCCGCUCCUCCUCGUCAGCGGCCUCCAGCCCGCAGCACGGCGGAGGCGAUCGCUCGCGGCAGAAGAUGAGCAAGGAGAUGUUCAAGGAUUUCCAGAUGGCCAAGCCGCCGCCCAUGCCGGCACGCCAAGGCAGGGAGCAGCCCAACCUGACGUGCACCACGGACGCUUUCACCAGCUACUUCAGCCGCGUUGGCAUGGCGCAGGACACGGACGACUGUGACGACUUUGACAUCUCCCAGAUGAACCUGACGCCGGUCACCUCCACCACGCCCUCCACCAACUCACCACCCACUCCCGCCCCUCAUCAGAGCCCCCCCUCCAAGUCCUCGGCGUCUCACGCCAGCGACCCCCCCACUGACGACCCCCCCACUGACGACCCCCCCACUGACGACUCGUUCGGGGAGGGGGACGGUAGCCCCAGUCGGAGUGGAGAGGAAGAUGCUGCUGGAGACACCCAGUCUCCCUCCACGAGUGAGCCCCGCGCCGAGGCCUCUGAGCAGGACAGUCCACAGGGGAAGGAUCCUCUCUACGCCCAGAUUAACAAAGGACACAAGUGAGGAGGACAAGGGGAACACACUGCACAGAUCUCAACAGCACUGGGGGGAGAGUGGGAGACCUGCAGUCUGGGGUCCAGUCACACUCCCGGCUCUGUGUGUGUGUGUGUGUGUGUGUGUGUGUGUGUGUGUGUGUGUUUGUCUGUGCACUUCUGAAGGGCAGGGGAUAGAGAAAGAGCAUAUGUUUUUGUAUGUGUGCGUGUGUGUGCGUGUGUGUGUGUGUGUGUGUGUGGCAUUGAAAGCUCCACCGCGACAGGAGUCACCCCAGCCUCCACGGUCCUUUUCCUUCAAGCAGCCAUCUUCCCCUGUCAGAGCAGCAGCAACCGCCACCAUAGCCUGGCCACCCCAGACCUCAGUUCCCCCCGACACCGGCCUAAUGAC